ACGGCGGCAGGACCAGCCGGAGAGUAGGGCUCGGCGAGCUCGCGGGACGCUGCGGACUGAGCCUGCCUGGCGAAGAAUCGCCUUGACUCUUGACACGGCGUCGAGACAGGAAAAAAGACGGCAACGACGCAGACGACCGGUGGCGGCGUUAGACGAUAACCGGGGCUUCCAGCCGGGACUCGGGGUCGGCUCAGGUGGGGUGGAAGCGAAAGCGGAGGUAGGAAACUACAAUUCCCAGAAAGCGCUGGGCUUCUGGAGUUGCAUAGCCUGAUGGGACUGGUAGUUUUGCGCACGGUUCCUGCUGUCUACCUGAGGUUGAAGUUUUGAGAUUUGAGGUGUCUCCAGAGCAGGAGAGAUGGAACUGGAGCAGAGAGAGGGGACCAUGGCAGCUGUGGGCUUCGAGGAAUUCUCGGCCCCACCGGGCUCCGAGCUGGCUCUGCCUCCUCUGUUUGGUGGUCACAUCCUGGAGAGUGAGCUGGAGACAGAAGUGGAGUUUGUAUCUGGCGGUCUGGGAAGUUCAGGACUCCGGGAGCGGGAUGAAGAGGAAGAGGCAGCCCGGGGUCGGAGGCGGCGCCAACGGGAACUGAAUCGAAGAAAGUACCAGGCGCUAGGUCGUCGCUGCCGGGAGAUGGAGCAGGUGAACGAGCGGGUCUUGAACAGGCUCCAUCAGGUGCAGAGGAUAACUCGGAGACUCCAGCAGGAGCGCAGAUUCCUCAUGAGAGUACUGGACUCCUAUGGGGAUGACUACAGGGCCAGCCAGUUCACCAUUGUGUUGGAGGACGAUGGCAGCCAAGGCACAGAUGUCCCCACCCCAGGCAAUGCUGAAAACGAGCCUCCAGAGAAAGAGGGUCUGUCCCCACCCAGAAGGACACCUGCACCCCCAGAACCCAGGAGCCCAGCCCUUGGCGAAGGACCCAGUGGGCGGAAAAGGCGGCGGGCACCACGGGAUGGAUGCCGAGCAGGGGCUGGGCUGACCCCAGAACUGGCCCCAGUGCAGGUGGGAGCCGAGGGCUGGGGCCAAGGCGCGAUUAAGGUUGAGGAAGACUUUGGCUUCGACGCAGAUGAGGCCUUGGAUUCAAGUUGGGUUUCUCGAGGGCCAGACAAACUGCUAUCCUACCCCACCCUAGCCAGCCCACCCUUUGAUUAAGCUUCCCUCCCCAAUAAAGACUCCCCUCCCCCCACAUUUGCAUAGGCCACUGUCUGUUUCUCCC